AUGGAGAGCUACGGAGAUCUGAUCAACAACAAUAAAGUUGUCUUGGACGAUGGAAACUAUGGAUUUUGGAAGUCGAGGAUCAAAUCUAUAAUAGGAGGUAUAGAUCGUCUUGCUUGGAAGACUGUUCUCAAAAAGUGGGAAGAACCGAUGAUCAAGGAUGAAUCAGGCAAGCGUAUACCCAAACCCGAGGCCGACUGGACCGACGAAGAACAAAAGAGAUCUAAGUAUAAUUCACGAGCCUUAAGCGCUAUUCAUUGCAGUGUUGGGAGGAAACAAUUCAAAUUAAUUCAGGGAUGUGAAACUGCUAAGGAGGCAUGGGAUAUUCUCCAGAUUCAUUACGAAGGUACUACAAAAGUACAAAGCUCGAGAAAAGACAUGUUGGCUUCCAGAAUCGAGAAUCUAAGGAUGGAGGAACAUGAAUCAAUUUCAGACUUUAGUUCAAAGUUAAGUGCUCUAGCACAAGAAGCCUUAACACUUGGAAAAACUUAUACGGAUCAUAAGUUAGUCAAAAAGUUUUUAAGGUGUCUUCCUUCAAGAUUCAUGGGGUACAAGACAGCUUUAGCUGUGUCUCAUGACUUAGACAGUCUCAGCUAUGGUGAAGUAGUUGGAAUGCUCCAAGCACAUGAGAUGGAACUUAAUGGAAUUAAGAAACCAAAAGGGAUAGCACUAGCUGUUAGCAAAGACGUAACUGAUCAAGGAGAAGAAAAUACUAUGAGUCUGCUUGUGAGAAGAUUUGAUCGAGCGUUAAGGAGGAUAGAACAAGGACAAGGUCAAAAGAAGAAUAGUUCGUUUAAAAGAACUGGUGAAGAUAAAAAAGCCGAUAUACUACGUGAUGCUAAAUGUACAAUCUGCAAGGGUACUGGACAUACACAUGAUGAUUGUUUGGGUAAUUCUAAGGGUAGGAAUGAGAAAUCUAUGAUUAGUAUUGAAGAUGACUCAGAUAAUGAUAGCAGCAGUGAAGAGGUUCUUGAUAUUGUACAAAAUUAUAAAGAAGUACGAGAGACACUUAUCGCUCUAGGAAAAGAAAAUCAAGGGUUGAUAAAGGAGAAACUUCGUCUUGAAGCACUUGUGAUAGCUCUACAGAAUGAGUUGGUAGAUGAGAAAAAGAUUGCUUAG